AUGAAGAUUAUAUCCCGCGUGGUCGUCCAUCUCAUCAGCGCCAUCACCGUAGUUGUCGUUGUCUUGAACUCUCCACUCCUUCUUCCCUUGUAUGGGCGUAUACGCUUCUACAGCCAAGGAAGCUUGUCAUUAGCACCUCAAGUCGAGCCGAUCGGCAUCGGUGGCUGGGUGCCUCUGUUCCAUUCUGCUCUCGAACUGCACAAUGCCAAGAGUCACAAGUCGCUAGGGCGACUAUGCUUAGGCCGGGCCGGAAUGGCCGCUCUUGACUGCUGGUAG